CGGACACAAUAAUCCCCUGUGGGCUGGUGUAACCAGGGUGAUUCCUCCCAGUACAAUGCACACUAAGCGCCUAUAUACCACUUGGGGGCAGUACAAUACCAGACUUCUUCCUUGCCUCUCACGCAUAAACCCCCCUCACCCCCAUCACUUAGCACUGUUCCCACCCUGGGGUUUGUUACCUCAUGAAUUUCUCAUAAUAGUUGUGGUCGUCUCAGUGCGUAACUCGUGGUGGUACGGCCGACACAACCAUUAAGUGUGCCGGCUUUAACUCCGAAGUGAAUGCUGCGUUUGAGUUCUCCUCACAGACUCGACAAAUCGGUCCACUUUUUCGCGUCACGAAAGAGGCAGACGAGGCGGUCAUUGACAUUAUUUAGUUUCAUUUCCCCUCAGAAAUUGCAUCCGUUUGUGUUUCCGACGAUUUUUUUUUACUUUGUUGUUGUUGUUGUUGAGAGACGCGCGCGCGUGUUGAGGGGAGGGUUUGGCGGGAAGGCGGCGGCCGCGGCGGCGGUGGCGGUCGAACGAACGAACGAGGAAGAGAGGAGGAGGCCAUGGGACCCGAAGCGCGACCUGCCGUGGGCAUUUGGGGCCAGACGAAGGCCCUCGUCUACAGGAACGGCCUCAUCAAAGUGCGCAACAAACAGCAGACCCUGCAGGAGCUGCUGAUCCCCCUCUGCUUCGUGCUGCUGCUCGUGCUCAUCAGCGAGAUGAACAGGCAUGUGGAGCUCUCCGAGUCGCCCCCGCCACCCGCCGUUCCCUUGCCCCUCGAGUUCGACCACGACGUCGGAUACGUGGCGGACUCGGACCACGCGCGCCGGGUCAUGUACCUGGUGGCCGCUCAGCUCGCCAAGCCGGUGCAAGAGUUCCCCACCGAGAGCACAUUGAGGGAAGAUGUCGCCACCUUACACUCGUGCGGCGUGGUGUUCAACGGCAGCAUGGAGUACCGCCUGCUCUUCCCGUACAACACCGUGCCGAGCACCGACGUGGCGUUCGACCAGAUGGAGAUGCACUGCCGGUCCAUGGACGAGGUGCACUCGACCAGAUGUCCCGUAAACGACUACCUGGAGUCUGGUUUCGUGUCGCUGCAGUUGGCCAUCGACUCUGCGCUCAUACAGUUGCAAACAAACGUCUCCGCUCACGCCCUGACCAGCGCCAUGGUGCAACGCAUGGGCCGCAGCCGUCACACGGUCGUGCGCACCUGGCCACAGUUGCUGGCCUCCAUCUACCUGGCCGGCGCCUUCGCCCCCUUCCUCUCCUUCCUGCUGCUCAACCUGGUGCUGGAGAAGGAGCAGGGCUCCCGUGACCUCAUGCGCACCAUGGGCCUCCGCACGCCGGCGCUCUGGCUGUCGUGGGCGUUGGUGUACGGCGCCAUGAUUUGCCUCGUGUCGCUGGUGCUCGCCGUGGUGACGCGCGUCACGCACAUCUUCGACACGAGCAACACGAUCCUCAUGUUCCUCCUGUUCCUGCUCUACGGCCUCUCGCUGGUGGCGAUGGCGCUGGUGCUCAUGGCGUUCUUCCGCAAGGCCAAGACGGCGAGCUCCGUGGGCUCUCUGCUUGCGCUGAUCUUCUGCCUGCUAAACAUUCCCGUCCUGCUGCUGUGGAACUCGAACGCCGUGCUGCACUGGCUCCUCAGCCUCUUCUCUCCCGCGGCCUUUGCCCUCGCCGUUGCACAGGUGGUGGCGCUAGAGGCCGGAGGGAGUGGCGCCCACUUCUCCAACCUGCUGGAGGGCCCCAACCCACUCGCCGUACCCCUCACGAUGCUGCUGCUCGACAUCGCCAUCUACGUAGGCCUCGCCGCCGCGUUGCAUCGCCUGCUGCCAGAGGCACCCGCAUCGUGCCGCCCGUCCUUCUUCCGGCUGCCGCGCUGGCGUCGUAGCGCGGCAAACGGCGGGGGGGGGCACCCGCCUCUGGACGUUUUGGACGACGUGGCGUUGGGGGGCCCGGGGCACGGCGGCGGUGAAGGCCGCGAGGGAGACGGGAUCUGCGAGGCGGUGCCCAGCGAGAUGCUGGGGAGCGAAGCCAUUAGGAUUCGUAAUGUCAGCAAGACGUACCGGCUGAAAGGAACUGACGUCAUGGCCUUGAGAGGCCUCUCCCUGAACAUUUACGAGGGCCAGAUCACGGCCCUGCUGGGACACAAUGGAGCCGGCAAAACAACGCUCAUCAACAUCCUCACCGGGCUCAUCACCCCCUCCGCCGGCUCAGUGACCAUCUUCGGGCUGCGGGUGGACGAUCGGGACGAGCUGUCCGCGUUGCGCACCAGCUGCGGGUUCUGCCCGCAGAGCGACAUCCUCUUCUCGGGGCUGACGGCGCGGGAGCAGCUGCGCGUGUUCGCGCUCCUCAAGCCGUCCGUGGCGGCCGCGGAGACAGAGGCGGAGGUGUCUCGCGUUCUCUCGUCCACCGGCCUGGAGAAAGCGGCUGACAAACAGGUGCAGGAUCUGAGCGGGGGCCAAAAGAGGAAGCUCUCCCUGGCGGCCGCCCUGCUGGGCAACCCCAGGUUGUUGAUCCUGGACGAGCCGACGUCCGGCAUGGACCCCGUGUCGCGUCGCCGCGUGUGGAGUCUGCUGCUGGGAGGGAAGCGAGAGUGCGUCACGCUGCUCAGCACGCACUCCAUGGAAGAGGCCGACGCGCUCGCCGACUGGAAAGCCGUUCUGUCUCAAGGGCGUCUCAAGUGCGCGGGCUCCUCGCUCUUCCUCAAAACCAAGUUCGGAGUCGGUUACCGUCUCACGAUGUGCGUGGGCGAAGAGUGCAACCCCGAGGAGGUCACGGCGCUGGUGUUGUCCCACGUGCCGUCCGCGCGCCUCGCACGGAGAUUCGGCGCAGAACUCGCCUACACGCUGCCCUUCAAUGACGUGCGCAGCUUCACUGGUCUAUUCUCCGUGCUGGACACGCGUACCGAUCUGUGCGUGCACAGCUACGGCGUCUCCAUGACGACCCUGGAGGAGGUGUUCCUCCGACUCUGGGAGGAGUCCGAGAUGGAGCAGCCAGUACUGGCAGAUUACAGCGUGUUUGCGGACGCGGAGACCGCCGGCGACGGCCAGGGGGCGAGGGGGGACAUCGCCAACGGCGACGGCAUCGCGUCGACCUCUGAAGACGAUUCGACGUCCGACCUGGGCAGCCUGCACCUCCUGACCUACGAUCCCGGCAACAGCGGCGAGGCACCGCGACCCGGCCCUCUGACCGGCUGGCCGCUGUGGUGCCAGCAGCUGCGCGCCGUGGCGUGGCUGCGCGUCAUCAGCUACCUGCGCGAGUACUCCUCGCUCGUCUACCUUGUGGUUACGCCCGCCAUCUUCAUCGGCUUUGCGAUCUGGUUGGCCUGGUUGGGCGACCGCAUGGAUGCCCACCAGCCGGCGGCGUUGAGGCUGUGGCCCGGCCUCUACCUCCUGGGCACGAAGGGUGGCAUGGAGACGGCCGCCCGCACGCGUCUCCUCGUGCUAACUUCCGCAGAGAGCGGGUUGAGCGAGGCGACCAUUGGAUCCCUGCAGAGUCUGGAGGUGCAGUUGGAUCUGAGUCCCGGGUCUCGUUCCCACAACCUCGCCCUCAACCUCACACAGCAAGGCCCACAGGGUGUAACUGGCCAAUACAACAGCACUGCCCUGCACUCCCUGCCAGUGCUUGUCAACCUCCUCAGCAACUGGGUUCUGCGCAGCCUCAACGGCACUGGGGUCAUCACAACGUGGAGCCAGCCCCUGCCUAGGAUGAACAGCUCGGGUUUCACCGACGCCACGCUGGUGCCGUUAGCCAUGUUCAUCGGCCUCGGGGCCAACUGGCUUCCCUGCUACUUCAUUUUCGACAUCGUUCGCGACCGAGAGCUGCAGGCGCGCUCGCUCAUGCGCAUCAGCGGACUGGCGCCCUCGGCCUACUGGCUGGGCCUGGCCUCCGUGGACCUCGCCUCCUACAGCCUCCUGCUGCUGGCGCUGCUGGCGACGGCGUUUGGCAUCGGCGUGGGGUCGCUCACUCAGCCCGGCGCCGCCCUCGCGCUGAUCAUCUGCCUGGUGGGCUCUGCCCCAGCCACUUUGCUCUUCACCUACGUCUGCUCCUUCCUCUUCUCCAAGAUGGAGAGUGUGCAGACCGCGUGGCCCCUCAUUGCCAUGCUGUUGGCGCUGGCCCCGUACCUGGUGGUGACCCUGCUUGAGAGCGCCGGCGAGCUGUACGGCCUGGCCACCGCGCUGCACCACGUCUUCGCCCUCUGCGACCCUCUCUACGUCCUCAUAGGCAACAUUUACUACGUACUCCAGGUUUACUUGCGGGGCAAGCAGAGGGGAGCACAGCCCACCCUCUCCGACUACUUCGCCUGGGACUCCAACAUCCCCAUCACUUUGCUGGCGCCGUACGUGAUGGUGGGCGCAUUGUGGCUGGCGCUCAUGUUUCUUGAGAGGAGACCAAUGGGGCACAGGGACGUUCACGACCCCGUCUUCUGCAUCUCCGGGCGCCGGCGCCGCUUGGUGGCCAACACCGAGCGGCCCGAGGGGGAGGACGAGGACGUGGCGUGGGAAAGGGAGCGCGUGAAACGCGCGCUGCACAACCACGAGAGCCCCGCGAUGCUGGUUCACUCGCUGCGCAAGGAGUUUGGAAAGAGUCAGAGUGGCUGCCACUGCCGCAGCGGCCGUGGGAAGGCGUGCGUUGCCGUCAGGAACCUCUCCUUCAUGGUGGAGCGAGGGGAGGUCCUGGGGCUGCUGGGACCCAACGGGGCUGGGAAGACGACCACAGUGGAGCUCUUGGCCGGAGAGUUGAAGCCCAGCGCUGGACAGGUGGUGCUGGGAGAUGGCUGUGCGCGGGGGGCGCAGCUGGGCCUGUGCCCCCAGGUGAACCCUCUGUGGAAGAAGCUGACCCUGGCGGAGCACCUGUCCUUCUACGCGGCCGUGCGGGGGCUCCGGCGGGAUGAGGCACGCGCCGCCACGCAGGGGAUGAUAUCGGCAUUGGCGCUGAAGGAGCACGCGGAGAAAGUGACGCGGAAGCUGUCGGGCGGCACCAAGCGCAAGCUAUGCUUUGCUCUCAGCAUGCUGGGAGGCCCCUGCCAAGUGCUGCUGGAUGAGCCAUCCAUGGGCAUGGAUCCCAAGACCAAGCGCUUCAUGUGGAGAGCGAUCGGCGCUGCAUUCCGGAGCAGCCAGCGCGGCGCCGUCCUCACCACGCACUACAUGGAGGAGGCGGAGGCGCUGUGCCACCGCGUCGCCAUCGUGGUGGCCGGCCGCCUCCGGUGCCUUGGUUCGAUCCAACACCUGAAGAGUAAGUACGGUGGGUGCUACCACCUGGAGGUGAAGGUCGGAGAGGCUACGGUGACCGGCGCGUCGCUGGAGCAGCGCGUGGCCGAGGUGCAGGCUCACCUGGCGAGCAGCUUCCCCGGGGCCUCGCUGCAAGAUGGGUUUGCCGGGAGGCUGGUGUACAAGGUGCCGCGUGAGCACGUGGGAUCGCUGGCCGAGGUGUUCAACAAGCUGGAGAAAGCCAAGCUGGAGCUCGGGGUGGAGGAGUACAGCUUUUCACAGGCAACACUGGAGCAGGUGUUCGUGGAGUUCGUGAAGGAGCAGAGCGACACCCAGUUGCUCCUGGAGCCGGGCGAGGCGGAGGAGGUGCGGUGGAGCGACACGAGCCGGGCGUGACGGAGCCGGGUACGGCUCGGCGACCGCCAGGACUCGCGGCAGGGCAGCUCGGUGGCGGCGUAGCGCGGUUGGCAUUGGGCCCCUGUUGCACCUGUUGCACCUGUUGCACCUGUAGCACCUGUUGCACCUGUUGCAAGGAAUCAAAUGGGGGGGGGGGGGGAGGGGGGGGAAGGGGCAGUGCAAGUUGCACCGCCUGCGACCCUGCUCGAUAGCUACGCUUUGAGAUACAGUAACACCUUUGAUUGCGAGUAACUUGGUCUGCGAGUGUUUUGCACGACGAGCAAUUUUUUUAAAUAAAUAUUAAUUUGAUAAACGAGCGAGGUCUUGCAAUACGAGUAGCACGUGCAUACGCUUUGUCUGCCGAGCGUCACGUGAUCACAACUGAUGUACGAGUGCUUUGAUGUACGAGUGCUUUGGAUUACAAACACAUUUCUGGAACGAAUUAUGCUCGCAAUCAAAGGUUUUACUGUACUUCAAUAUGAAAGGGCCUUGAUAAAACACGACGUUAAUAUUCUUACACCGCCGCGUCGGCUCCGGAAUGGACUUGGGACCUUACCGAUGGUUGGAGCCGGUGGGACGGACGCCGCUCCCCGUGCGAGCCGGGGCCACCGUCGUCCGCGCUCGCACCUCCCGCUCCUCCUCCUCCUGCCCGCGCCGUGGUGGCCGCGGGUUUUCGCGGAGGCCGGAUACUGCGGCCCCGGGUCUUUUUCGGCGUCGGUUUGACGGCACGCACCGUGGAGUCGUUGGGUUGAGAGGGAGCGCGGUGGCAGCGGCUGCGUCGUCGGCUCCGUCCUAAGCCAGACAGAAAACUUGAAUCUUCAUCCUCGCCCUCCGUCUGCGAAUCCCCGCCUACUUUAACAUAGCCACGCCUAUUAGCUCACUAGCCCGCCCGACAGAGCAAGUGGCCUCAUCAUUCUCACCUAUGUUAGCCCCCCUCUGCAUCUUGUUCAUAGCCCCCCCCCGGCCUACACCGAUUUCUCUCUGCCUGCAUAAUGAGUCGAGCACGAGGCCAGGAAAUUUUUAACUGGGUGCGAAAACUCCAAAAAUUGCGUUCCAAAAAGCCUUGAGGGCCAGGGACGGUCUCGGUUGGGCUGGGGGCUGAUCCGGUCUGGAUUGAAGGUUCUUGAGUUUAUCUGCUUCUACGAGUAGGGGAGGGUGACAGGGGGGGGGACCGUGGUUGGGGAGGAGAGUCGGUUCAUGUCCGGUGCCUUUUGUAAUCAGGCAGCACCUUGCCACCGAUGAAUCCGACAACCUCAGGGUAGGGCACUAGCUGUGAGACGGUCAAUACCCUCUCCCCAGGGCUUCGUUUCUCACUCGGUAUUUCCCGGCUCGCUGCCGCACUGUGAAACAGGCUGGCAGACCCCCGCUAAUUGAAUCUCUCGACUCCACCGACCCCACUCGCAUCGGUAGCUGCUGCACCGCGAACACACGUCACCGGCUCGAACCACCGCUUACGAACCCGCUCACGGUCUCAAAUGGGUACCCGGUGCGGUGUGCAAACAUCGCCGCUUGGGGAGACAAAGGCGGUCGGGCGUGGUGUUUGGCCACACUUGCCCCCCUCGUGUGUUGUCCCGGGAUUCAUAGGUACUUGCGAACAGCGCUCGCCCCACCCAUAAAGUCUGUUAAGGGCUAUACGGGGGAUAUUUGUAUAUAUAUGAAAUACUGCCGUGUGUAGAAUGCUGCAUGAUUAAAGGGAUCCUGCACAUGUCGAGUGAUCAAUCCACUGCUGGAUGAAGGCCUCCCCAAGACGUCGCCGUCCCUCCUCACGGUGCGGCCUGUCCCCACCCUGCACCUGGGCACACGAGCGGAUUCCAUCGCUCCGUCUCCCGCGCGCGUGGGGGCAGCCUCACGCACGAUUUAAAGCUUUCGCGACUGCAGGGAUUCAUCUUCUUGGUUCUUUCGGUAAAGUCACGUAGAAGGGAAAUAAUAAAAUAAUAAAAAAUAAAACAUAAUAAAAUAAUUCUCAGACAGCUGUCUCCCCGACAGACCUGUUCCUCACCUGAGGACGGCUGCUUGCGUUGUGGCCGAAACGUCGUGAGAAUUAUUUUAUUAUGUUUUAUUUGUAUUGUUUUAUUAUUUCCCUUCUACGUGACGACUUUACCGAAAUAACCAAGAAGAUGAAUCCUCACGCACCUCAACCAUUAGUCUCGGCUGUCCUUCGGUCUCCCCGUUUAGCGAGGAAGUUUCAUUCCCCCCCUCCCCCCCCCCCCCCCCUCUCGAGCCCGCUACUCUCCCCCACAGCCCGGACGAUGCACUUGACCUGCGCUUCUUCUGUCAUCGAUCGAGUGAAAUUAAUCAAAUGGAAUUCCACUUUAAGGUGGUGGGGUGGGGGUGGAUCGAAGCCCUCCCCCCCAUCACCCUGGCUAUUUGAUUAAUUGUCGCAUUUCAUGCUCCUUAAUUCGAUUCCAGAGUCAAUUAUUACUUUUUAAAUUGCAACGUGGCGCGGGGAGGUCUUCACACAGCACUGGACUGAACCUAUUUAUUAAUAUGCAUGCACUGCACGAGAACAAAACACGGCAGAGGUAACGAUUUAUGGGCGCGGGAAUUAAUCAAAUGUUUGUGGCUUUCAGAAAUCCUCGGUUUUGUUUGUCUCUUAAUUAUUUAUUGCUGAUUAAAUGUUCACGAAUA